UCCCAUGAUGCUUUGACCAAAACACUCUGACGUAAUCAUCAUGGCGGCCAUAGACUCCAACUCCGACAGUUCCUCUUCUUCCAACGUUCUAGUCGACAAGCAACAGCUCGAGGCUGGCUCCUCGUCAGAUAGUUCCGACGACCUCUCAACCCCUGUACAGAAGUGCCCAUUAUGUUGUAGCAGAAAAAAGAGGUUUACCUGUGAAUCGUGUGUGAAUGACGGUAAUUUUUGUAGGCCUGACUGUUCGGAGUCUCCAGCUAGAUAUUCAGAAAAGUUACAAGAGCUAUCUAAUUGGAAGAGAGAAAGAUUGAAACUUCAUGCCAGGGCUUCAGAUGUGGUUGACAGUAGCAAGAAAGUUGUAUCUUUGAGAUGGGAAGUUUUGGACCAUACCAGCAGGCUGGUGGCCCUUAGAAAAGCAGUAGAUGAGGUGCAGGCAAGGAAGAAGGAGGAAAACGAGCAUUUGUCACAGCUUCAUGAGGAGAAUCGGCGGAGAAAACAUAAGGAGCUGCGGCACACUGAGAAGCUGGAGAAGAUCCAGCAGUACCUGUCCCAGAUCCAGGCCCACGUGGCGCGCCAGCAUGAGGAGCUGGAGGUACGACAGGAGGCGCUGGUCGACGUGCGCCGAGACAACAUCCGUGAGCUGACCACCAGCAUCUUUGACAUCCAGGAUGUUGCUCACUCAGGUUCUAGUCCUACAUGUCCUAAGAGGAUCCAGGUUCUUGAGUCUCCCCCAGCUGAACCCCCUGACAAGGGCCGAUUCUGGGAACGGCGGGGGAAAGUUGUUCACUUCCUCAACUUUUGGGACUCUGAGGAGGACAUAUCCGAGAGCACAGUGCAGCAGCUGGCAGAGGCCAGGCGCACGGCAUAUGUACGUGGUCGCUGGGUCUACACAGACAUCAAUAAUGACUCCCAGGUCUGCAUCGUGGAGCCCUGCCUGCCUGCUAACGGGAACUACUCGGCCUACUUGGACUGGAUGGAGGCUAAUAAAGAGGCAUCCAUAGGACCAGGUGACUCAGACCUGGACCAGAGGAACCCUGCUUACACUUUUAGUGCUGCCCUUAGCCAUACAACACAGAUGGUCAAACUGUUAGCCUUCUACCUGGGAGUCAACCUGCCCAAGAGAAUAUGCUACAGUGAGUUUUGUGGCGAGCCACUGAGUAGCUCUCGGUUCCACAGAAGUGUGGCCAAACUCAACACCAACAUCCUGCACCUCUGCUUUACUCAGAAUGUGUCUACGGAACUGUUACAUCCCAUGCAGACCCUCAGGAACAUACAGGCCCUCCUCAGUUCACCUGAUCUUGGCAGAUGUGGUGCAUUUGAUGUAAACCCUGAGAUGAUCCAGUCAAUAGAAGAGGCAUUAAACUCUGGUGCGAGCCAUGUGAUGGACGACAGUGAUGACGAUCAUGGGGCUGGUGCUGAUGAGCACGACAUCAGCACUGACUGGGAAACCGUGCCAAGCUCCCAGCUUGUGGAGCCGCACGCGGAGUACAUUGGAGAUAGCAGCACAUCUACACUAGUGUCGCACCACAGACGUGCCUCUCAGGGCGUAACUGUGAACAUGUCAACCAGCCCCACGGGGGGUCUGAUGUCAUCAGCAGCAGAGACAGUCGCCUCGCUGUGGCGCACUGCUACAGGGCAAGGUGGAAACAAGUGAUGGAUGGGGUUUUGUCUUGUGUUUAAAGGUGUCAACUUCUACAAGGAAAUGUGUUGGUCACCAGUGCAAGUUUCUGUCAAGACUGUCCCUCUGAAGCUGCUUGAUAUCGAUAAGCACUCUCUUAAUUGAAUUGCAGAUUAUAUUGUAAAUGUACAGCAGUCUCUAUAUGUGUAAGUUGAAGUUAGAUAUGAUGUGGGGACAAAAAAUGCAUUUGAAUUUAUGUAGAAAUUGCUAAAGAAAUGAUGGGACUAUGAUCAUGGAGGAUAAAUAAUUUGCAAAUGAAAAGGUGAUUGAAUACCCCCUUUGACCAGUAAGUUUUCCUGGAGUAGCCUGGAUGAAAUUUCUGGCUUUGAAAACAGUGGCAUUUUUCUGUACUAUAUGGUAGUUACCACAGGAAAGAUGAUGUCUUGUUCACAUUUCUUUAAAUGUUCCUUUAAUACAGACAUGGAAAGCUUUCAGUGAAUGAACUCAGUGUAGAAAGACAUUACCUUUCUUGUUAAAGAUGGGUUCUGUUCAGCAACUUUGGCUCUAGAGGACUUGCCUGACUGAUAAUAAUGAAGGAAGAACAGAAGAUAAGGUGCUUUUAUAAAAAUUGGUACUGUACUUCAGGCUUCCUCUCUCUUGUGUAAUGUCUUGUUUAUCGCCAUGCCAUAAGUAAUACACAUGUAUAAAGUUAUAAAUGGAGAUAUGCAAUAGCAGGCAAAACAUAUCAUGUUGGUACUGAUACCCUAACAUUAUACAUACCCAUUGGCCAUAAAAAAGUGCUUGUUAAGUAUCUUCUACAUGCCUCAGUAAUGCUGACAGUCAAGUUAUAUCUUUAGUUAGGACUACAAAGUGCAGACAAUGUGGUGGCCAUGUUUGGAAGGUGGGGUUGUAUACACUCAUCAGAAAAAGAGGAUACCAUCUUACUGGCAUCAGUAAGGUAUUGACAGUAUGGCAUGAUGGAGAUGAUUCUUCUAUUCAGAUAUGUACAAAAUGUACACAUGUAUGUAAUCAGCAUAAUGAGAAGUUACAGUCUUGACAUGUAUCUGAAAGAAAGAAGGAAAACAAUGAAUAGUGCCUAUUUACCAUUGUUGCAGAUGUAGAUCUAAAAGUAAUGACAGAUGUAUCAUGCCUCAGAUGUGUGUGUGUGUGUGUGUGUGUGUGUGUGUGUGUGUGUGUGUGUUCAUGAGAGAGGGAUAGCAAGAACAUGUUAGUGAGUGGGUCAGUCAAUCAGUGAGAAAGAGAUUCAUGUAGAUAGAAAAAUAUGGAUGUGUGAAUGAGAGAAAAAUUGCACCAUGAAAUCAGUUCUGUACUCAGGAAAAUUUUUUAGGUCAUUCCAUGUUUCUCAAAAUUCUAUGUGGGAUAGUAAACAAUACUGAAGGUCAAUUCUCAGAAACACAGCCCUCUAAGUCAUUGAAAGGAAAAGUCAAGAUUUUCUUUUAUUAAUCGUUGUACAACACUGGAAAUUCAAUGUGCUAUGGUCAACCCACAGCUCCUUUCCAUUGGACUACUAUUGCUAUUACUACUGCUAUUAAGACCAGAGUUGGUAUUUUCUGUCCUGUCGUACAAUUGUUAUACAGUGUUACAAGGGAGUUGGAGUGUUCAUGUGAAUGCAUCCCUUUCACCAGCAACUUACAAGCCAAACGCUAUUCUAUUAAACCUCUGCCACUUGUCAUGACAUGACACUGAAUUUGCCAAGCCAUAAGUUUUGGUUCUGGUCUAUACUCUGGAAACUCCCAUUUGAGGGAUAUUGUGUAGAUGAGGGGUGUUGCUCAUCAAAAAUUGUUUGUCGUCAUCAUCAGUGCAAACUAUUAUCUAAAAUGAAGUUGUCCUGAUGCCAGUAUUUCAGAAGCGUAGGAGAUGUGCAGUGGUUGUAAAUCAGUUUAUUAUGUAGAUAACACAAAGGUUUAGUUUCUUCCCUCUGCUUACAGGUCUUGAUGGUUGACAUGUAAUUAACUUGUUUUGUCUUUCGAGUAAAAUGAAAUGAUGUAAAUCUAAUGUCCCACUGGACACAAGGAUUCUAUACAUGAUGCUGUGUAUAUAUUGUACAAGACAAUUCCUUAAUAUAGUCUGUGAUAUUGUUGUACAUAUGUACAGAAACAUACAUAUAAGUAAUGCUGUAAUGCUGAAGAGUGAAUUAAAUACUGACAAAUUUCA